CCUGGCGGCUGAGGAAGGGUUCAAUUCGUCACCGGCAUUCAAGACUACUUUCACCUAGAAAGCAUCAUUACCUUCGCCGAACAAGUUCACUACCUCUUGGCCGAUUCCGGUAGCGCAACUACUUGCCCAUCGCACCGCCCAAGCCUGUGAAAGAAGCAAACGCUCGAAUCCGACCGCGAAUCCGCAUUGAUCGCCUGCUUGACCGCCAUACGGACGGUGCACAACAGAGUCGCACCGCGCGCCCACCUUCUACCUCAACACUUUCCGCCCGCGACAAACCAACGACAUCUUCGUCACCAUGAAGUCCUUCACGAGCCUCUCGGUCACCAUGGCCCUCCUCUCCGGCACCACCCACGCUUUCUGGCGCAUGGAAUGUCAUGAUCGUAUCGCACUCGCCCGCAUCGAUCCUCUUGUCGACCCGGGCACCGUCUCCCAACACUCUCAUGCCAUCCACGGCGGAAACGCUUUCUCGAUGGAUGUGACCUAUGAGCAGCUUAGAGCGUCUGAGUGCACGUCAUGCCUGGCUACGGACGACAAGUCGGCGUACUGGACGCCCUCCAUGCACUUCCAGUACGAAAAUGGUACCACCGAAGUCGUCCGCCAAGUCGGUGGCAUGCUCGCGUACUACCUCCUCUUCGCCAACUCCGGCGAGGAGAUCGAAGCUUUCCCCGAGGGCUUUCGCAUGCUCGCCGGUGACACCCGCCUGCGCAACUUCACCGGCCCAGUUCCCGAUCCCGAGAAGUCGCUCUGGACCGCAAAGGACAAAACGCAGCUGCUUCUCGGCCAGAAGGCUAUCGGCAUGAAUUGCUUGAACUAUGCUAAGGACCCUGAGCCGUCUAUGUACCGCCAUUUCCUCCCGGAUAAGGAUUACAUGGAUGCGAAUUGCGUCAAUGGCAUUCGUGCUGAAAUCUUCUUCCCCAGCUGCUGGAACGGUGACCCCGAUUCGGAUAAUCAUAAGGAUCAUAUGGCGUAUCCGGAUCUUGUUAAUGGAGGGACGUGCCCGGAGGGAUUUGAGAAACGUGUCCCGUCGCUCUUCUUUGAGACGAUUUGGGAUACGUAUGCGUUCAAGGAUGCGAAGGGACAGUUUGUGUUUGCCAACGGCGACCCUACUGGCUACGGUUACCACGGCGACUUCAUCAUGGGCUGGAACGUCGACACCCUCCAAUCCGGCAUCGAGCAAUGCACAAACGAAUCCGGCCAACUAAAGGACUGCCCCGUCUUCGAGCUCCAAACCGAAGCCGACUGCGACAAGUGCAAGCUCUCCAUGCCCCACGUGCUUUCUGAUGAUGACUGCGCUGGACCCGCUGACGGCCUCUGCGGCAACGUCGCCAUUCAGUAUGGUCCCGAGUAUGCGUCUGCCCUGAAGCCCGGCAACUCUGAGGCCCCGAGCGCAGUCCCCACGCCCACAACCCCCGUACAGGCUAUGCCGACUCUGCCUUAUACGACUGCGAAGAGUGCUGUUACCGACCAGUACGGCGGCGGCCUCUCCGUUGCCAACGUCAAUGGUAUAGCAUCUCAAGCCUCGGAGAUCAAUGCCCAGGCCGCUGCUCCCACCGACGAUGCUCCUGCGGCACCGGCCCCAACACAGCCUCCUGCGCCGGAGCAGCCACAUGGUAGCAUCGUGUCUACGACCACCUACACGAGUGCCGGCGUCGUGUACGAGGUUGCUAUCGAGGAGGUCGCUGUGUACGUCACGGUUGAGGCGCCUGCGCCACAGAAGAGGCAUGCGCAUCAUAUGCAUCAUCGACGGGAUCGCGAGCAUGGUCUGCUUGGCCGGUACUAAGUCUCCCGCACGACACCUUUGUUCGUAUCAGCAUGCAUCGGCGUUCAGAAAAAGAAGCACUUCCCUUCUAGCAUCCUCACC